GCUGGGAUGAACCUGACGGGCAGUGCGCGCGCGGCAGUUGCCGCAGUUCCGAGAUAUCUGACGCCGGGAAUGCCCAGCCAGAUGGCACCGACUAUGUGCGUCGGCAGUGCGAACGCGCCAGUGGCCAUCAACGCCGGCAGCGCCGGGGUGCCAGUCGGCGUGGGUAGCGCUGGCAUCCCAGUGGGCUACCAAGCGCAGGGCAGCGCCGGCCUGCCGGUUGGCGCCGGCAUGCAGGCCCAUGUGACCAUGCCGGUGUACAAUGCGGCGCCUGGGCCAGCAGCGAUCCGGGCUAUCCCCCAGGUGCAGCUGAUCGAAAAGAUCGUAGAGGUGCCCAAGGUGGAGGUCCAGGAGAAGUAUGUAGACGUGCCGACCACCCUGUACCAGGAGAAGGUCGUGGAGGUGCCUCAGGUCCAAGUCGCUGAGGUCGUGAGACAAGUGCCCAAGAUUGAGGUGCAAGAGGUCAUGAAGGAAGUCAGCAAGCCCAUCACGGAAGUCUAUGAGAGGAUCGUCGAGGUCCCGCAGACGAUGUAUGUAGAGAAGCUGGUCGAAGUGCCGAAAGUGCAGGUGGUGGAGACCAUCAAACAAGUGCCGAAGCCGAUGAUGAAGCAGGUGGAGAAGCAGGUCGUCAAGCCCAUCUACGAGGUCAUCGAGCGGGUGGUAGAGGUCCCCAUCACAACCAUCCAGGAACAGAUCGUGGAAGUUCCGAAGAUGGAGUACGUGGACCUCGUCCGCGAGAUUCCGAGGCCCGAAGUCCAAAAGGUGCAGAAGCAGGUGGAGAAGCCUGUGAUUCAGUGCAUCGAGAAGGUCAUGGAGGUUCCGCAGUACACCGUGCAGGAGUGCAUCGUGGAAGUCCCGCGGGUGGAAGUCCACGAGGUCACGAAGCAGGUGCCCCGAGUGGAGAUCCAAACGGUCGACAAGGAGGUCAGGAAGCGGGAGAUUCAGUACGUCGAGAAGAUCGUCGAGGUGCCGCAGGUUGUCUAUGAGGAGCGCAUCGUCGAGGUGCCACGGAUCGAAUACCGCGAGGUGAUCAAGCAGGUGCCGAAGCCCGAGGUGCAGUACAUCGACAAGAAGGUGCCCAAGCAUGUCAUCGAAUAUGUGGAGAAGAUCGUGGAGGUGCCACAGGUGGUCUAUGAGGAGCGCCCCAUAGAGGUGGAGCAGGUCCACACUGUGGAAGCCCUCACCGAGAUCCCGAAGCCGGUGGUGCAGACGAUCGAGAAGCAGAUUCCCAGGAUCGAGCUCCGGGCGCAAGAGCGCAUCGUGGAGGUUCCGACGACUCUGCAGGUCGAGCAGCCGGUUGAGGUUCCUCAGGUGCUCAUCGCCGAGCAGAUACGUCAGGUCCCGGAGCCUGAGGUGCAGUACGUCGAUAGGGAAGUGCCUAAUGUGACCUACCAACCGGUCGAGCAGAUAGUGGAAGUUCCGCAGGUGGUCAAAGAGGAGCGACUGGUGGAGGUCCCGCAGGUGCAGCUGGCGGAGUUCGUGAAGCAGGUGGCAGCGGUUCUUGGUUCGAAAGUUCCGGUUCCAUCGUUUCCGACCUUCCCAGAGAGACUCCCCGAGGAGUCUCUGGGCCGUUCCCUCGCCAUGCCUCGUGCGCCGCUGGCUUUGCGAGCCCUGCUCUUUGGCUUGAGCCUGCAGGCAAUGGUGUGGAAGCUGUGUUUCACCGAGCUGGGCAUCCUCUCGGCUCGUGCGAGAGUAGCUUGGUUGGCGGCAGGUUUGACUCUACACACUGAGCUGCCACGGCAGACGACAGUACACCCGGUGGCGUCAUCCAGAAGCUUGCAGAAGAGAUCUAGUUCCGAGACCGAUUUCUCCACGCAGGACAUGCAGCAGGUGGCGAAUUUAGUUCUGUCAGGUGGGGCUCUCUAUGCAAGCGGCGCCUACAACAGCAGCUACGCGGCUGUCUUGGAUGCGCACUCUCGGGCGAUGAAGAGAAGCACAGAGUAUCGGAGGACCCGAAGAAGGUCCCCGUGA